AUGCCAGGUGGAAAAGUGGGCCCCGUCGCCACGUGCCCCGUGGAUCGGAAGCAGGCCGUCCGCGACUCCAUCGCCAACAGCUACCCGGUCUGGGUCAGCACGCGGCUCGGGCACGCGGGCGAGGCAGCGGCCAUCAGGAGCCUUGGGGGGCAGACAAGAGCCGCGCAAGAUAUAUCACACCUUCGUGGCCCGUGCCGCGACUGGCACGCCGAUUUGGACUUGGUAUAUGGUAAGUUGGAAGGGUUGGUGGAGGUUGUACCUGUCCAGGACAUGCAUCGCACAUUUCAGGAUGAUGAUACGUUUGUGCAGUGGGGGUGUAUGAUGACGGUACUUACUGAGUUGGAAGGCUCCGACUUCAUGGAACUAUCGAUGACGAAUGCCCAGCGUGGCUUGCAGGCAUGGGCGACGAAGAUGUGGGCGCCCACGCCAGGAGCGGUAUCUAACAUGAACGCCAAGAAGUUCAAGGGGGUAGACGCCAUGGGCCCCUUAGAGGCGCAGCGGAUACCAACGGGGGCCUUGGACCAGCUCAGAAGCGCAUUCGUGGACAUCGGGGAGCAUUGCAUGUGGCCUGGGCAAGUACCCCUGGUCAUGGGAGCAUACCGAGGCACCGUGGCGGUUUCUAUCACUGGUGGGCCCAUGGGUAAUUCCGACUUGGGCCCCGUUCGAUCGAGAGCCCACGAUGGAUUUGGCUUGCAGAUGCUACCCCGGGCGAUCGUCGGCGACGCAGCCAUCAGCGUCGACGCCGCGGAGAGACAAGUUAUACAGAAGAUGUCGGAGUCGGGCUGCUACGUGCGUGAAGGGCUGGUUCGCGCAGGUGCACCUGCAGAAGAGAUGGGCGUGGCGGUCGACUUGGGCAUAGACACCACUGCAGGCGGCGCAGACACGUGCCACGUCUGCAGGGAGAUGGCGAGGCUCCGCACCACCGACAUCGGCGACGAAUGGGCUCUGAACGUGGUCGUCACAACGGGCGGCCAGUGGACACGUGAGAGCGCCCACCCCGCCGGCGGCGCCGGGCCUGCCUCGAGCCGCGACUUCUUGCCGGUCUGCGGAGACGAGCCGCCCUUGGUGCCACGCGGCGCGGACGAGGUGGACCCCGCCAAUUGGAUGGCCGGGUUCGGCCACGUGCCAGUGCCGAAUCUGGUGAUGCCGGGCGCCCACGACGCGGGGGCCCAGGACCUCGACGUCCUGUCCACGGGCCCGGACUGGAAGGGCGCGCGCGGCCUGCUGCCCUUGGGCUGCUGCGUGGUGAGGCCGUGGAGCGAGGCCCAGGGCAGCGACGCGGCAGAGCUGCUCGAGGCCGGGUGCCGCUACUUCGACCUGCGCAGGCCGGGGGCGGCUCGGAGCUCGGCCGGGGGCGGGCGUCGGCACCGCCGGCGGCGUCGGCGCCGUCCUCGGCGCCGUCCUCGCCGUCCUCGUCGUCUUGGCCGGCGGCGCGCUCGCCGUCCUCCCAGGGGAGCGCGGAGAGCUACCGACUGUGCCACGGCUACUUCUCGAGGGGGACCCUGGAGGACUUCCUGCAGGAUGUGA